CAAAGCAAAAGGCUUGACAAAUUAUUUAAUAGAAGGUGCCGCAUCGGUAACGGCGUGGUUUGUUUCCCAUUUCCACCGUCCUUUGCGCAUUACGUUAUGUUCCUUCGUACCUUCGUCAGACACUCAUCUUUUGUUAACUGCGUUCGCUUGUGUGGCAUCGUGCAUGGAGUUACAUUAGAUAUACAGAAAUCAAACGCUCUCGCAUUGAAAAUUUCAUUAAUUACACAGUGCUACAAUGGGUCAGCCUUCCCUUCAUCACUUGGUGGACUCCCAUCUACUGCUGAGCAGCCCAAUUCCCAAGCGCCCGUUUUCACUGCUCCCCCUACGAUACCUCCAUCCUCCCCCAAACCAGACAAUACGGUCGAUACAUUAGUAACGAAUUUUUUCCCUGAUUCUAUGGUUGUGAAGGAGUCUCACACCCUUUAUUGUUUCGGCACGAAUGACUUUAUUAAAUUCCUUAGACUUGCCAUAAAGGAAGAUACAAUUUUGUCGAUUGUGGGAUCUGUCCGAGGAAAUACGAAGCAAGCCGGGUUCGGUUCGGAUUCUCGUUCCAUAAUUUUUGUCUAUCAAGAAAAGCUUCGUUCGAUGGAGCACAUGAUUUGCCCCCUGAAAACCUCAGGGAUGCCGCUACUCAGCGUACAGAACCAGAUAAAGCAAGCAAUCUUUGACUUGCCUGGUGUCGCUCUGAAGGGGAACACCGAAACGAAGUAAUUUUCUACUUCUGCAGGUCGACGUUCUACACGGUGGUGAAUGGGAAUUAAUGAGACCACAUUUUUCCUCUGAUAGGAUGGGUUCGAGGUGUGUGUAGCCGUUUCUUUUUGCCAAGUUGCUGGGUGAUGGGUAUGGAGGGCAGUCCAAGGAACAGAAAUGCGAUCGGGAGCCCGGGGGUUGUGAUUUCUUUAAUAAUUACCCUUCUGUACUUAGUACUGGACUACACGGUCGUAUCGGCCUCAACGAAUUAUGAUUGUUAUGAAGAGGCAAGCUAUUCUUCUCCACACUCCUCAUCAAGUAUUAACGCAAUGCACCCCACAUUAGUAGAGGAUCUAAUUGAAGGAACACACACGAAAAAAAAACAAUACUGAUUAAACUUAGCUAGAAGCAAUUACAAAAUUAUUCUGUGAGAUUUCGUUGCUGAGCAUAUAGUUCCAUGAACAGGAUUCUUGCAGAGGGUCACUUCCUAUCUUACAUA